AAAAGAUCUGUUGGCGGAAGUUCUAAGGACGAUGGUAUCGGUCACUUCCUACCAACAAGGAAGUCUCAAGUGCUUUAUUACUUUUUUUAAAUUCCUUCGAGAUUCUACAGGAACUUAUUUACGCACUCCUUUCACAAGAGCAAGUCAUCGUUUUGAGAUGGGAGAAGUACGAGCGUUGUGCUUCUUUGUGGCUGUGCUGGCAAUCGUCUGUAAUGUUUGCCAUGCCCAGACUGGAAUGGACGCAGUCAAGUACAUUGAGAAUUUUGAGAGCCAGGUUAAGGAGAUUUCACAAAAUUCUGUGACCAACUUCAUGAGAUCGUGCGAAUUAUUGGCGUCAUGUCAAGGGAACUGCUCCAGGCAAGCUUGUUUGCCAGUGCAAGGUGAUGACGAAGGUUAUGAGUGCAAACGUGUUACCAAUAAUUCGCAUUGUUAUAGUGUGGAUGGCAAUCUGGGGUGCCGAAACAUUCGUGUUUCUAUGGCAAAGAGCUUCGUUAGGUUAUCGACGGGUAUAAGCGGUCUGAUAGUUGAGGCAAAUACCACUAUCUGCUCUCAAAGGAACUUAGACGCAACUUUCAAAAAUACCUCUUCUCAUAACGAACCGAAUUCAACUUUCUGGGGUUACUUCGCUUCUGUGGAGGGCGUCCACCGAGCUUAUCCGGGUCGAGAUGUAUCACCGGAUAUAUGUACUUUUGAACCACGGAAGCGGCCAUGGUACAUGGGAGUGACUGCAAUCAAGAAAGAUGUCAUUGUGCUUCUUGACACUGGAAACACGAUGGGUGAUCUUCUUCCUGGCGACUUAUUGGACUCUGCAGACAUAACCAAGUUGAAUGCUUCGUUGUCUGUUGUGAACGAGCUUCUGGACACUUUCGCUUACGGCGAUCGCGUAACGGUCAUCACGUUCACUAACUCGGGAGCAAGGACCGUCCUUUCGCCUAUAACAGUUGGUGCAAAUGGGAUUUCAUCGCUGAAAACUGCACUGCAAGAUAGUGUAUCCCCUGAUGCUUCACAGGGGAGCUCCAAUCUGACGAGUGCAUUUAUUUUGGCAAAUCAAACGUUUGCAGCCACUAGUGCGCUCAAGGUUAUAUUGACAAUUACCGAUGGUCAAAUUAUGCCUGUGGACUCGGGAACCACGGCCAAUUCGACGAGCGUCUUUGCCUCCAUCCGCUCCCUCAACACCUUGCUUCAGAUUUACAGUUUCGACCGGGCACCUUCAGCAGCGAGUCGGCUAAAAACUUUGGCAUGUGACUGCUUUGGAACUUACGAAAGGAUAAUCACCACUGUCAAAAAUCCUCUUUGGACGCUGAGGUCUUAUUUUGGUAUACUGGCAAGAGUCCGGCUUACCGCAUCCAAGAACAUGCCGUAUUGGACUAAGCCUUACAACGAUAAUGGAAGCCUGGGGAAAGUGAUUACGGUGGUGUAUCCAGCCUUUGUUGACAACUACACGCUCAUCGGAGUAGCAGGCGUCGACGUCCUUCUCGAGGAUCUAGGACCCGUUACAUUAUCUGACCUCACAUCUGUAUUACUGCAACGUGGCAACACCGACUUGCUGACUGGCCUCUUGCCACCGCGACUUCCAUGUUCUUUUGGAUUAUCAACGGCGAAUCAAUGCCCAACUGGUACAGCACCGCCAAAUGCAUUAUGCCAUGCUACCGUCGCGAGCGGCCCCAGUUUCCAGCAACGUAUUUGCAGCUGCUCCGGAUUUUGUUUGGCUUCGGUAACAGACCGAAAGAGCUCUUUGUCACCUGCACAGAUUAGUGGGAUUGGGGUUGGGGUGGGACUUUCGGUUAUAUUCUUCGCUGCCCUCCUGUUCCUGUUCCGUGAAAAGAAAACGUCACAAAUUGAGAGAGAAACUAUUCCUCCUCUCGGUGCGCCACUAUUUUCAGACUCGAAGAUAGAGUUCAAGGCUAUUUCACCUCUCUCAUCCUCUUCUCUAAAGAUGUGUACUGUAUGUAGGGUCCGAUCACCAAGCUCAAGGCGAAGGUCGUUGAGAGCCAACUCUCUAGGUUGGGCAAGCCAAGCAAUGCAAACCCUGACGGAAUACACACAAGAGGACCUUGCGGCUGCAACAGACAACUGGAGCAGUACUGCCGAACUCGGUCGCGGUGCCCAUGGCCUGGUCUUCAAGGGUAUACUUUCAGAUGGCACCCCAGUAGCGAUAAAAAAACCCACCAGAGACGUCACCCAUGACACAUGGGACACUUUUGCCACAGAACUGGAGCUCCUGUCCAAGCUCAAUCACAAACGACUUGUGCGAUUGCUGGGUUACUGCAAGGAGGAGAUUAUUCUCGUCUACGAAUUUAUGGAGAACGGGACGCUCGCUGACUGGUUGCAUCCCAUGAAUCCAGAGUUGAAGCUUGGGUGGGAGAGAAGGCUGAAAAUUGCCUUGGGAGCUGCGAGGGGACUGGAGUAUCUCCACGAGUACGCCAUGCCGAAGACGUAUCAUGGGGAUGUUAAACCUGCCAACAUCUUGCUGGAUCAUGAAUGGGAGUCUCAUGUCUCAGACUUUGGACUGUCAAUUUGGAGUAAUGAUGACAAGGACCCAUAUCUGAUAGCGAGUCGCAUAGGGGGAACUUUCGGAUACCUGGACCCGGAAUUUGUCUCAAGCGGGCAAGUGACCUUCGCCAGCGACGUGUACAGUUUUGGCAUCGUACUCCUGGAGUUGAUCAGUGGCCGUCCGGUAGUGGUCGAGUACGAAAACAUCCGGGACUGGGCGACCAAGUAUGAAGAGGAUGAUGCCUUGGAAGACGUUCUGGAAAAGUCCCUUGAAACACCUGAAUGGAGUGUCGAUGUGUUGGUAGAGAUCGUGCGAAUUGCACUGAGGUGCACGGAGCGCAAGAAGCAAGACCGGCCUAAGAUGAAGGAAGUGGCUUCCUCAUUAGACCACGCUUGGCACUUCUGGGUGCGAUCGCAAGGAACCAUAAGUGAGGACUGCUCUUUAUCUGUCAUUGAACCCAGAUGACUGUGUGAAGCAGCACAAUUUGACCAUUUAAUUCCAGCGGUUAGUCCUGGUACUCCCCGUUCAUUGUUGCCAGGCAACCUGGUGCUUCCUGCAACUACGCUGUUUUUUGAAGAGCAGCCAUUGCGCACAAGAAAGCAAAACCUGAACAAAUGUUCCGAAAAUCAGCGGGAAGCACUUUCAGUGUUGAAGGCCAUGGCUUAUAGGAGAUGGACGGAAGAAGGUGAAAACCAAGUUGUCGAGUGCUGGUGUCGCAACUCGAACUUUAUCCCUUCUCCUGAGCGCACUUCGAGCAAGCUUCAUUCUAUAUUGCAGUGACUCAAAAGUGAGCUGUCUAUGAGGUAAAUGUUAGAGUUUGCACAGUAUUCCCAGAAGUAAGCGAAGGCUUCAAUGUAUGUAAUGAGGUUUUUAAGAAGAGCCCGACAAAUUGUGGAUCAACCUUCAAUUUCCCAGCUAGGUGAUCAGAGUAUCUGAGCCUUGAGAAAGUGUUGCGACGCGUGCGCCGAAAGGGUUAGCUCAAGUGCCAGUCGAAGUUGCUGUUCAAUAGUCUUCCACCAAUUUGCCGGUGGAAUUAUAAAAGCUCUGCGCAAGUGCGGGAGAUUCGUUGAUUAUUGUAUUGCAGUAGCGAAGUCCUGAAUGAAGCAAUGGCCAAUUAUAAUGUGGCUUAGUUACCUCUGCAGGAGCCUCGCCAACCACACACGCAUCCGAUAUCGUUCAUACAUGGGUUGGUUGGACAGUUAGAUGAGACUAGACCAAUUGAAUAUAGUUUGAUUAGAUCUAGUUCAAUUGGAAAGUUUUGUACACAGUUGAUGAGAAAAGUUUUUGGAAUAAGAUGAUAUAUGUAUAUA